UGUACGAUGAUGGGUCCCACGAAACGAUAAAAAGGCAAAAAUUUCGGGCCAUCUUUUCAUACCUGUUCCAUCCCUUACAGCCCGAGCAUCUCGCAGUGAGUGUCGUUGUCCCCAAGUGUUCUAGUGACUGACCAAGUGAACAAAGCCCCACUAACAUGGCUUCUCUGAGGCUGUGUGUGGCACUGCUCGGACUGCUGGUGGCCCCCCUUUCGGCCGAGUUUAAUCCAAAUCGUCACCCACAAUUCAAGUCAAACGAAAUUUCGCAGUUUCCUCCGCCCAAUAGCCAAUCGUCAAUAUAUCAGCAACAACCGAAACAACCAGUUCCUGCUACCGGUUUUAAAACGAUGCUCUUCCGAGUGUUGGGAAUUGGAGGAAAAGAGUCCCCCAAACAAUUCCCUAACAUUCCAAAUGGUCAAACGGGUUUUCAAAUUAUGACUCCCAACUUUGGACAGGGAGGACCCUGCGGAAUCCCAUUCUCGACGACGACGACCACCACGACACAGUCACCGUUCGGACCUUGUCCCUUCCCGAAUCCGUACAUACCACCCGGCCCCACUCCGACGACGCCUCGCUAUCCGGACGUGACACACCCUGUGCCAACCAAGCGACCGGGUGACAAUUCUGCUCAAGUCACGGCUGAUCCAUUUGAUCGGUUUAGCUCGUCAUCAAUGAGACCACCACCUCCAUUUCCGGUUGAUCCGUUUCCAGAACCAUCUCGAGUUCCCCCGGUAGGACCUUAUCCUAUUCCAGAACCCUCAAGGGUUCCACCAGUCCCCCUAUAUCCUGUGCCUGAACCCUCUCAAGUUCCCCCCGUUGGUCCUUAUCCUAUCCCAGAACCCUCAAGGGUCCCACCAGUCCCACUAUAUCCUGUGCCUGAACCCUCUCGAGUUCCCCCCGUAGGGCCUUAUCCUAUUCCAGAACCGUCCAGAGUUCCCCCAGUCGGACCUUCAAUUCCGGACCGGAUAAAACCAGUAGAUCCAUAUCCAGUGAAUCCUUACCCAAUCCCCAAUCCGACACGUUUUCCUCCCCCACAACCGACACGACCACCCCUUCCAACAACCACUUCUCCACCGAGGAGACCACCUCCUGGCCCAGUCCAGCCAAAUUUUAAUGAUGUUUACGCCCGUCGCCUCCCAUGUUCUGCCCUUCGACCUUUUGUCCCCCACGGAUUUCAAUAUGCGAGCAUUGGAAACUACGCAGCCCAUCAAUGCGACAUGAUCCACCCCAACGCGGUCAACCCCAUGUUACGAAAUGAGCCUGCUUGUUCGGUCUUGGAAUCGUUGAGACUUUUGGGAGCGAACAAGAUGCGAGAUCUCAUUUUGAUUUCGGGCAUGGAACCUGUUUUCCAGCGUCUCAGCAAUUACACUCUCUUUGUUCCACUCGACGUCUCAUUUCACCGCCUCCCCGCCUGGCUUCUGAGCAGUCUAGACACGGACGAGAAACUUCGACAAGCCUUCAUCCUGAACCACUUUGUCAAGAAGGACGUCCCACUUUCCUCCAUGGGAAAUGAGUUUCUCAUUCUGAACGACAGACCUGGACGACACAGGAUUCGGACCAAUAUUUACUUUGAGAAUACUGAAUCGCCUAUUUACACCGCUGACGGAGCCAGGAUUGUGAGGGGAGAUAUUCUCGUCGAAAAUGGAAGAAUUCAUCUCACGGACAAAGUCAUCAUGCCAAAUCCAUCUCGCAAUGCGGCCGAAUAUCUCAGUGAAAAACAGGACUUUGAAGCAUUCUGGAAUAUCGUGAAAAACACGAAUUUGGAAAUUUUCCAAAGUGAUCGCCCCAUCACGGUCUUCAUUCCUUUAAACGCUGCCAUUGACACGUUGGAUCUGAAAGAAAUCAUGGCCGAGCCGGAGAAAAUGUCUCGAUUUGUAAACCACCACGUCGUCAAUGGGACUUACUAUUCUGCUGGUUUGAUUAAUAGCAAAUAUCUCAUGACCAACUAUGAGAGAGAAAUUAAAGUUGGAAUUGCUUCGGACAGUUUUUCAAAGUACAUGACCACCAUCAACGGACACAUUCGCGUCAUCAAGUCCGACAUCCCAUUUACCAACGGGGUGGCCCACGUCAUAGAAGAGGCAUUCUCGCACAAGAAGGAAUUUUUCCUGUAUGACGAAGGUGACGAAUUCGAAUAUGAAUACGGCGUCAUUAGCAGACGAAGCAUGAAAGUGACCGGGGAGGAGAAAUUUCUCGACUUUUAACUCAUUCAUGUCACUUACGACAAGAAAUAACUACUCAAAUUAGAUAUUAAAAUAGAUUGAAUAACAUAAUUCUUAUUUGUUUUAGAAUAAUGAUAAUAUUUUAUUAGAAGUAACAACAGCAGAGACAAUCAGCUUGAUGAAUGCAACCGGUGACACAAUAAGCAGCUUAAACAAAUCGUAUAUAUUUAUGAUUUACAAGUUUGCUUACCUUUAUACAUAGUAACUUUAAGUAGAGGAUACAUAAUUAUGGUAGUAUUUAGUAUUUUGAAAGUUUGGCAACAACCUGGCGAAUAUCAUUCACUAACUAACUACAUAAAACUAUUAUGACACAGAGUAUACUUACCCUACCCAAGAUUUUCUACAUAGAAUAGGAUGUAUUUACUUAUUACUUACCGUAUGCAUAUGAUAUACCUAUGAAUUAGUUGUACUAAAUUUAAUUAUUUAAUAUCUAAACUGUCUUUAAAGCUAAUGAAAUUUGUCACAAAUCUGUGUAUGGCAUACAUUAAAA